AUGCUCAAGUCUGUAGUCGCCGUCACCGCGGGGCUGGUCGCCGUUGCCGACGCCUUCUGGCGCAUGGAGUGCCAGGGACGUGUUGGUCUCGCACGAAUGGACCCGGUCGUUUACCCGGGUGUGGAUUCGCCUCACAUGCACGCUAUUCACGGAUCGUCAGGCUUUUCCGAAACCUCUGGUACCCCCGAACUCCUCAACGGUAACUGCACAUCAUGUCGUGUGACACAAGAUAAAUCUGCCUACUGGCACCCAGCCUUGUACUUCCAAGAUGCCAAGACUAAGCAAUUCGAGCUGGUCCCCCAAGUUGGUGGUAUGCUUGCAUACUAUCUUCUCUAUGGAGACAACAUCAAGGCUUUCCCUACCAAUUUCCGCAUGGUCGCUGGCGACACCAACCGCCGCACCUACUCUGCUGGCGACCCAACUCAGCCAGAUCCCGCAAAAUCUCUCUGGGCUUCUCUGGGCCAAACUACCCAAGAAAUCUUGGCUGAGCGUGCCAUUGGCUUUAACUGCCUCAACUAUGCCAAGGCUCCUGAAGGCACCCUGUACCGCCACUUCAUGCCCGAUAAGGCGUACCUCGAUGCCAACUGCGCAGAUGGCAUCCGUUUUGAGAUCAUGUUCCCAUCUUGCUGGAAGGGAGGUGAUGCUACUGAUAGCGCCAACCACAAGGACCACGUUGCUUUCCCUGACCUUGUCAUGGCUGGUGUCUGCCCUGAGGGCUACCCUGAGCGUCUUCCUAGCAUGCUGUUUGAGAUUAUCUGGAACACCAAUGCCUAUGUUGGUCGCGAUGGCCAAUUCGUCAUGUCCAACGGAGAUGUGACUGGUUACGGACUUCACGGUGACUUCAUCAUGGGCUGGGAGGAAGACUUCUUGCAGGAGGCCGUCAACACCUGCACGAACCUCUCUGGCCUUAUUCAGGAUUGCCCCCUUUUCAACAUCGUUGACCAGAGUGUAGCUGAGCAGUGCCACCUGGAGGACUUGCCCGAGAACCUGCGGAGAGAAGCCGGUAACGGUCCUUUCAACCAGCUCCCCGGAGGUGAUGUAGUUGGUGGAACUGGCCCUAGCUCUGGUCACGGCGGUCACGGCAAGCCCAGUGCUACUCCCACCAAGGGCGGUGCUGCUCUCACUCUGCCCUACCAGCCUGGUGUGACCGCGCCUGUGAAGGGCUCUCCUCUUCCCGGCCAGGUCUUCAAGGAGGCGGCCACGGAUAGUUCAUAUGGCUUCCAGAUUGCUGCUGUUGAGUCCAGCAAGCCCUUAGCCACGGGUGUCCCAGCCGCUGAGGGUGCCGUCGUCAGCACUCAGUUCAUCACUGUUGGCAACGUUGUUAGCGAAAUCCUCUGGAAGCAGGCCUACGUUACCGUCACCCAGGAGCCCCAGCCCUCGACCACCGUGACUGUUACAGCCACUGGUGCUCGUCCUGCCAAGCACCGACGUAGCGCUCACGGCCACGGUCACAACCACGGCCACGUCUACGGCCAGGGACAGCUCUAA